GGUUAGCCUGGCGCACAUAACCUCUCGGACAUUAAAAGAGCAUCCUGCUGUGUGCGGGUGUAAAUAAACUGAAUAAAUACUAUGUUUAUUACCGUCGAAAUCGCCAGCAUUGCGUUCAUUAGCAUAAUUAGACUGAUUCAUCAUGUACAAAUUCAUUUUGUCACAUUGCCGAGUAAAAAUCUUUCGGCAGUUUGAGGUUAAGUUGAACUCAGCUCGCGAUCUCAAGAGCAAACAAAUUCUAGCAGCAUAUACACCCUGCAUAUGGUGCACUAUGCCCCAGGUGCAGUUCUACAGUAACUGGGAGAGAGCGAAGAAUAAGUCGACCAAAAUAUUCUUCGACAACGACGAAAGCUACUUCAACACAGAGAAACCGCACGUCCGACUGGAAAAAACGCCAAACAGGCUUACACACCGUAUUCUAGAGCAGAGAAAAGCUUACAACACGACCAUCGUUUAUCCACCCAACCGAUGCGAAACCAAUAUCAUAUCUGAGGAUGAGGUGGACAAGUUAAUACAGACUAACUGGAGGCUCGAGCCUAUCUCGAAGCUGGUCGAAAGCUUUAGGAAGAUAUCUCACUACGCCUGUCAGAAGAAUGAGAAAAUGCACGCGAAUAAGUACGUCCCUAUCAUGCUGACGCUGGCGACAAGCUGCAAAAAAUUCAGCGACGAACAGCUCAGCCAUGUCCUCUGCUCGCUCAUGCUCUGGAUCUCAGAUGAAAGCGAUCAGGAUGCCCGCUGCCCAGUUAUCAUCAGAGUCCUUGAUCAUGAAUGCAAAGCACGAGCCGAAAAAUGGUCUUAUUCGCAGAUCCUUCUGAUCUCUGACCACUGGUACAGACUCAAAUGGACGAGCAGGUCACCUUUUAUAGAUCACAUUAUAAUCAAACUAGGCAACGAUGUAUCUAAUCUUUCGCAAUCCCACCUAGUGCAGCUUUUUUUCUACAUUGCUGCAACAUUCUUAAAAGUUGCCAAGUUCACCAGAAACGAAGUCAAUCCCAAGUUCAACUACAGCAAAGUUGAACACAAGCUCAACUCUUUGGUACACAAUUUGGACAUGGAAGAAAUAGCCAUCAUUGCACAUGCGUUCUUCAGAUCCGGCGCUCCGAUCCAGGAUCGUACAUUGCUCACGAUCGUGAUUCAGAAAACGGCUGAAAACAUUGACGUCAUCCACAGUACCAGUUUGAUUGCUAUGUUCAAAAUCAUUGGCUACAGCAUCAAUUACGAUCAAUGCAAGCUCCUCUGCAAAUUAUUGGAGUGUACGAUACCACAGUUACCGCGACUCUCAAUGAUCUGCGUCAGUCACGUUGUGUCUGCUGCUACAUAUAACAGAUUAUUUUAUCCAGAGUUGUUGAAUGCUGCCGCAGUGAGAUUAUAUACAGAAAUAUUCAUAGCCAGGGUGAAGGAUAUAACUCGGUUACUUGUUGCUCUGUCCGUUUUCUGCUAUAUUCCUCAUGAGCAACCUAACAUCCUUAAUGCGAUCAUAGAAGAACUGAACGAAUCCAGACGCUACUCUGAAAUAAACUGUUUCCCGGGAUGCCUUGCUAAGUGCUUGCAUAGCCUUAGCAUAUUUAACCUAUGGCCAAAAAAUUUAAUAGCCAAAGUGCUGGAUCCCAAGACCAUCAAAAAAAUGUACCGAUCGGACAGGAAUGUAGUUCAGGAAGUAUUUGCUCUAGAUUUGGAUAUUGAAGCUGAAAUGCCAGACUAUACAGGCCCGAGACUCAACAUGGAUUGGCGGCAAAACAUCGCCAUGAGAAUGACGGUACCUCUGCCUACUUUUAAGGAUCAGCCGUUAAAAAUUUUCCAUUACGUUAUAUUAGAUGUAAUAAGGGUCUGCGAGAAAUACCUAGGUUCAAAGAAAAUGUUUCACGUCGAUCACGUACUGCCGCAAUACUGCCACCCCGACAUAAUCGUUUGCCUGGAUGCAAAGAAGCGUCCUAUUCCUAUCAGCUCCAUGCUGUCCCAAAUACCUUUUGGAAGCGUUAAACGGGUUCCACGGAUUGGCGCAGACGAUACCAAAUGGCUGGCUCUAGUGGUGACGCCGCCAAAUGUGUUUGCGGGAAAUACGAACCGUUUACUAAGGGAUUUCCACGCUAAGAAGAGGCAGCUCAAACAUAUUGGCUACGAUCCUGUUUGGAUAACUCUGAGGAACUGGCAGCGACUCGAGAAUGACAAACAGAAAUUCGAAUACCUACAAUACAAGGUCUUCCGCUGAUCUAAACACUCAUCGUCAUCAGUAUCUGUACAAAUUUUAUGGGUAUCAUUUGUUCUUUACUUUUUUUAUCUUCCAUCAUCAUCGAGACACCUUCCGGCGUUUAGAAUUUUUCCCUGGGCCGUGAAGCUGCCAUUUAUAUAUAAUAUAUAUAUUUCACUUGGAACGUCCCACAUAUAUAUACAUAUACAUAUAUAUAUAUAUCGAGAUCGAGGAGUCAUUUGCCUCAUAUCAUCAGAUCCUUGCAUAACUUUUUUUUCGCAUUGAUUCCACUUCGGAAGAAGCCUAAUUUUUUAAAGAACUUUCUCGCUACUCUGUCAGGUCGCGCGACGAUUGUUUUCGUGUAAAAAAGGGGUGACUAAAAAUCACCAUUUUUUAAAUUCUGCAAUUUUUUCACAGAUUCUGAGUCAAAAAUACGCAAUAUAUAUCACAAUUAGAAGGCGGGCUGCGGCUGCC